AUGAACAUCUCUUCUAUGUUAUCAACAGAUAACAAUGCAUCGUUGAAAGAGUUGACGACGACAGAUCAACAGCAACAUCAACAGCAACUACAGAUGGAACAAUCAUCAAUCAAUGGAAAUGGUCAAACAUCAUCACCAUCAGUGAAUAACGUUCAAGAGAACCACAUAUCAGAACUUCAUUCACUGAACCAACGCCCCCCUAGUAUAUUGCCAGUUGGAGCAACUUUGGACCAUGCCACAACAUCAACAGCUAAUCAUCAACCAGUUAAUCUGUCACCUUUGAAACAUUCUGUUGAUGAAAAUUCAAAUUCUACCACUGUAUCCUCGUUGCAAAAAGACUCUAACUCUAUUAUUGCUAGUAUACUACCAGAAAGUUACCAAUUUGAUAACUCAUAUACACCUACAAUAGAUCAAAAAUACAAAUCAUUAUUUGAAUCCAACAUAAAUGUUAUCAAUCAAUUAGAUCAAUACCAACAAAUAGGCCAUCAUUUGAAACUAUUGAAAUUUGAUGAAGUCAAAUUGAAUAAUUACCUUAUUAAUACGGGUCAAUUUGCAUCAAAUUAUAUUGAUAGAGUUGUUGCUGAAGAUAUAUCUUCAAGAAAUAACAAAAUUAGUGAAACUAAUAAAAAUAAAGAAUUAAUUGCUAUUGAUUAUUCUAAACCAUUACAUCAUAAUAGUACUAGAGGUAAAGAAUUUAAAUGGGGGUCAACAAGGAAAAUUCAUAAAGUUGAACACAAAUCAAGAAGAAGAAAACCAGCUGCUGCUGCUGCUGCUGCUACUACCGAUGAUUCAAAUAAAGCUACAACAACCAAUGGUACAAAAGAUCAUAGUGCUAGUGUUAGUGCUGUCACUGCUACCAAUGGUUCUGAUACACCUGAUCGUCGUCACCACCGUCAAACUUCAAAACCUGCAACUCCAGUUUUGAUAAAGCCAAAGACUGAACUGGGUCACGGACUGUCUGAAGUACAGCCAAGAAGAAGUAGUCGCCCUAAAGUGAAAAGAAAGGCGUUUGAAGAUGAAAUAGACACUCCUGAAAAGCAUUCAUCAUCUACCCUGCAAGUAAAGAAAUCCCAUGAAUCAACCGGUGGAGAUCAUAAACGUGCCAAGAUUGAGGAUAAACAGGGAGAGCAAAAGCAAGAACAAGAGGAAGAAGAGGAAAAAUCUAAAUCCACAGCAUUAUCAGAAGCUGCUGCUGCAGGUAUGACGGCUAAAGAAUUCAAAGCCUUUAUGAGACAAUAUGAUAAUACAUAUAUUGCUAUUUGGAAGGAUUUGUCAAGAAAAGAUGGACCUAAAGGUAGUAGGCUGAUGCAACAAGCUACUCAAGGUAGACUUAUUAAUCUUCGGAAAACAGCUAUGUUGGCUGCUAGAGAAGCUAAAAGAUGGCAAUUGAAAAAUACCAAGAAUCAAAAGGAUCUUGUUACUAAGGCAAGAAGAGCAAUGAGAGAAAUGUUUAAUUUCUGGAAACGAAAUGAAAGACUCGAACGUGAUUUAAAAAAGAAGCACGAAAAGGAAUUAUUGGAUAAGGCCAAAAAAGAGGAAGAAGAAAGAGAAGCCAAGAGACAAUCAAGAAAAUUGAAUUUCUUAAUUACUCAAACCGAAUUAUAUUCUCAUUUCAUUGGUAAAAAAAUUAAAACCGAUGAACUUGAAGGUACUAAUACUGAUGGUAAUUUGAAAUCACAAAACAAAGAUCAUUUGGAUAAAUAUGCUGAUGUUGAUGGAUCUGCUACUCAUGAUAUCAAUGCUGUCGAUUUUGAUAAUGACGAUGAAGAAGCAUUACAUAGAAUGGCGGCCCAAAAUGCUCAAAAUGCUCUUAUUGAAGUGCAAAAUAAGGCAAAACAAUUUGAUAAUAGUGAGGAAUCAUUUAAAAAUCCAGAUACAAAUGGAGAAGAAAUGAAUUUCCAGAAUCCAACAUUAUUAGGGGAUAUUACUAUUCCUCAACCUAAUAUGUUGAAAUGUACAUUGAAAGAAUAUCAAUUGAAAGGUUUGAAUUGGUUAGCAAACUUGUAUGAACAAGGUAUCAAUGGUAUUUUGGCUGAUGAGAUGGGUUUAGGUAAAACUGUUCAAAGUAUAUCGGUAUUGGCAUAUUUGGCUGAAACUUAUAAUAUGUGGGGUCCAUUUUUGGUGGUGACUCCAGCGUCAACAUUACACAAUUGGCAACAAGAAAUUACUAAAUUUGUUCCUGAGUUCAAAGUUUUACCAUAUUGGGGGAAUGCUAAAGACAGGAAAAUUUUACGUAAAUUUUGGGAUAGGAAAAGUCUUCGAUACGAUAAGGAUUCACCAUUCCAUGUUUUAGUCACAUCUUAUCAAUUGAUUGUUGCAGAUAUUGCUUAUUUCCAAAAAAUGAAAUGGCAAUAUAUGAUUUUAGAUGAAGCUCAAGCUAUUAAAUCAUCAUCUUCAUCAAGAUGGAAAUCACUUUUAAAUUUAACUUGUCGUAAUAGAUUAUUAUUGACGGGUACACCAAUUCAAAAUUCCAUGCAAGAAUUAUGGGCCCUUUUGCAUUUUAUUAUGCCGUCCAUUUUUGAUUCACAUGAUGAAUUUAGUGAUUGGUUUGCUAAAGAUAUUGAAAGUCAUGCCCAAUCUAAUACCAGUUUAGAUGAACAACAAUUAAGACGAUUACAUAUGAUUUUGAAACCAUUUAUGUUAAGAAGAAUUAAAAAGAAUGUGCAAAGUGAAUUAGGAGAUAAAGUGGAAAUUGAUGUUUAUUGUGAUUUAACAACAAGACAAAAGAAACUUUAUCAACAAUUGAGAUCACAAAUUUCUAUGCUGGAUACCGAUUUACUUGAACUUGAAUCUAAUUCCACUAGUUCCGAUAGUUCAUUGGCUAAUUUAGUGAUGCAAUUCAGAAAAGUUUGUAAUCAUCCGGAUUUAUUUGAACGUGCUGAUGUGAAUUCACCAUUUUCAUUUGGGAAAUUUGCUGAAACGGGGUCAUUUUUAAGAGAAACUAAUGAAUUAGACGUAAAUUAUUCCACGGAAAAUAUUGUUGAAUAUGAUUUACCACGUUUAAUUUAUGAUGAACUUUUAACACCAAAUUAUGGGAAACUGACACGUGAUGCCAUCUAUUCCAAAUUCAGUAUUUAUAACCCUGAAAAUACCAAUGAUUUGGGUUGGUUAAAAGGUAUUAAUGUUUCUCCUAAUGAAUUGAAACGUUGUGCUCAAAAAGAUAUUUUUGUUAGAGCUAUUGAUAUGCAGAAUAAGUCAACUGAAACCAUGAAACUAGAAAGAAUAAAUUAUCUUUAUGGAAGUGAUUAUAUUCCUGAAAAUAAGAAAUUAUUAAUCACUGAACGUACUAGUGACAGUUUUAUUUCUAACUCACUGGUAUUUCCUGAUCUUGUUUCUGUUCAGGAAAAAGUUGGUCAAGAUAUGUAUUUGAAUAAAUUGGAACCGGCAGUGACACCUAUUGCAGCUGCUCCACCAAUCACGGUGAAUUGUUCAUCAAUGAAUUUUACCAACAGAAUGAACAAUACCUUAUUUGAUCCUAUUAUAAGGUCAUCAUUAAUUCCAUUAUCAUUAUCCACAGAAUUAAAACUAAUGAAAGAUCAAGUACCAUUAGAACAGUAUCCUAAAUCCAACAUGUUACCCACGCCAAUAUUUGAUUAUUCAAAUAUUCGUAUGCCAUCAAUGGAUCGAUUUAUUGCUGAAUCAGGGAAAUUAGCCAAAUUAGAUGAAUUAUUAGUUGAUUUGAAACAAGGAGGUCAUAGAAUAUUAAUUUAUUUCCAAAUGACAAGAAUGAUGCAAAUUUUUGAAGAAUAUUUAGCUUAUAAGAGUUAUAAAUAUAUUCGAUUAGAUGGUUCAACAACAAUUGAAUCAAGAAGAGAAAUGGUUCAAGCAUGGCAAACAAACCCGGAGAUUUUUAUAUUUAUGCUUUCAACAAGAGCUGGAGGAUUAGGACUUAAUUUAACUAGUGCUGAUACGGUGAUAUUUUAUGAUAGUGAUUGGAAUCCAACUAUUGAUAGUCAAGCUAUGGAUCGAGCUCAUAGAAUUGGUCAAACUAAACAAGUUAAAGUAUUUAGAUUGGUUACAAGAAAUACCAUUGAACAAAAAAUUCUUGAACGAGCUAAAGAAAAGGAAGAAAUUCAAAAACUUGUUGUUGGUAAUAUGUAA